AAUGCUUUAAGCCUCAAAUUGGCAAACAUGGAAACAUGUUAAUUAACCCGAAAUGAUAGAAUAAUGUUUGGAAAGCUGUCAUUUGUGCGGUCGCGGAAACAAACAAACUAUUUGUCCGUGAAUUAAUGUGAUUGGUUCUUUUAAAUGGGCAGCGGUUGUUUCACACGGUGAAACCGGAACCUUAACAGCACCUAACCGACCUUCCGCAAUCUCUAGGCCUAACUCAUCAGGCCACCUGCUCGCUGGUCGAUGCAUGGAUCAAGACGUGUGCCUUAACCACUCGGCUACCAAGAGUCCAAGAACUUGUUUGGAAAUGAAUGAAAUUUACUUAAUGUCAUUCUAGCCAGCUGACAGAACGAAGAAAUGAACCAAUCAAAUUAAUUUACGGACAAAUAGCCAAAGCUCGUUGCUUUUCGACCGGAAAAAUAACCAUUUCCUAAUGUUCAAUUGUCUCUUGGGGCAUCGCUUUAAGUUUUUUCCGUGAUUGACGUCAUUUGAGAAAGGUCUAUAUUGUCUGCCCCUAUUUAAUAGUCAUUUUUAUAUUUUAGGCCAUCCUGUCACAGAACUUAAAUUGCUCGAACGUUUUUUUGUUUGGCUUGUAAGAGCAGAGAGUUCUAUCUAUCAAUGAUAACUGGUCAGCAAAUACGCACGCGAUAUUUUAUUUUAUAUAUUAUUGUCAUAACCGCGUUUCUUCUGUAUUACUAUUGUUGCUGGGAUGGCCAGCUCUUCCGGUUACAUUUUGCCAAUGUUAUCUUUCCACCUGAGGUUUCAUGGACUGAAUAUGGCGCAAGAAAUACAACCAGUCACAAAAAUGAUUUUCGUUACGACUGGUUAAGAAUGCAUCGGGCAAGGACAGAUUGGCGGGCAAUUUUAAGACCAUGCUCAGACCAAAUGGCUUGGGGAACCUUAAAAUCAGGCUGGGGCAAAGUUAAUAGGAGUUCAGCGAAGACUAGUUAUAUAAGUUACAUGGAUAUUCAACCAUCUGGACAUUUUUCGAGGAUUUUUAUUCAAACUCAAACUGCCAGUGGACGGAUGAAGACUGUCGGUGGUGAUUUUUGGCGAGUGUUCUUCACAGGACCGGCGAAUGUUUCAGCUACUGUAUUUGACCAUCAGAAUGGUACGUACGAGGCGAUCGCGCUGCUGGUGGAGACUGGGAAUUAUGCUGUACAAGCUUAUCUUGAUUAUAGUUUGUGCGAUGGACUGAGAAAUCCUCCAGAGGACUGGUUCCGAGUUGGUGAGUGUUAUUGUUGCGUUGUAUAUGGUAUCAUAUAUGGUGUUGUCUGUAUAAUGUGUCAUGUGCAUAAGAGUAUCUGGUGAAUGAGGUGUGGUAUGAUGUAAUGAGGUGUGGUAUACUUUAUGGUGUGGUGAGGUAUGCAUUAUGGUAUGUUGUGUUGGGGUAUGGUGUAGUAUGAAUGGUAUGGUAUGGUACGGUGUGUUCUGUCGAGGUAUGGUAUGCUAUAGUGUAGUAUGGCAUGGUGUAAUGUGACAUGGUAUAGCAUGGUAUGGUGUGGUGGUGAUCUGAUGGUAAUCUAUGCAAGAAAAUAUUUGUAAAUUAUCAUUCUUUAUAAAAUACAUUUACUUAAAAUACAUUUCGUUCAGUGAUAAAGUAUUCUCGUGUUUUUUCCAGGAAAUUCUCAAGGAAGAUACCAGCGACAGGGAACUCUUGGUUUUCUGGAUCAUUAUAUUUACGAGCCUUUGCGAGCAGCACAAAACCUAAUAUUUGAAGUUUUGCCAAAUACAUCUAGAUCAGGGAUUGAUGGUAAGCUGUGUAUAGAUAGGUUUCACUAUAAGCACUAUCAUGAAGCAGAUCAUCUGGCACUUGACAGAGUAAAACCCUGGGAAAUAAGCCCUGGGAGAAUAAACCUUGGAAGAAUAAGCCCUGGGAGAAUAAGCCCUGGUCAUGAUCAAAACGAGAAUGAGAGUUGAGAAGCGAGUGUUUGCAUGGGAAUUGUCUCAACUCUCAUGCCCCGGUCAAACGAGAACAAGAGUUGCAUGAAAGUUGAUGAGAGUUGAGAAGCGAGUGUUUGUAUGGGAGUUUUCUCAACUCUCAUGCCCCGGUAUCACUGUAAAGAUAGCGGACUCGAAUGAAAAUAUUGAAUGUUUUCGUGAACCCUAGCGUUUUAUAAAGUUCUUGCACGGGUCAGGACAAAAAAAUAAGCCAUCUUGAAUAUCAGUGAUACCAUCCUAACCACAAUGCAAAGCGCUACGAAAACGUAAUAAGGCCGGGAAUCUAGUGUUCGUUUUAUUGUAUGUUGAAGUUUGUGCAUUCAACCUAAAUUACUAGUGAAACUGUCUUGUUAAGAUCUAGAUUUCAAUGAAAUUUUACAUUGAUAUUAUUUUUUGAACUUUAGAUAUAUCCACGAUAAAAUGUACAAACUCGUGCCGUUCGCUUUGGGAUGGCCAUGGACGAUGGAGGAACAAUAUUUGGUUGCCAUAUCUGUCUGGUAAAAUCAAUUAUUUUUGUGUGUAUGAUGCCAACUACCUGAGAACGUCGACAUUUCGAACGAAUGCUCUUAGUUUGUCUUCGUCACAAAUUUCCAGACGAAGGGUUUUCGCUCGAUACGUCGACGUUUUAAUUAGCCAUUUCCCAAUCGAGCAUUCGAGCAGAGGACUGGGUCUCGUUGAUGUUUGGAGGGACGUUUGGAGGGACAACAAAUUAUAGUGAGCGAGCUAAAUAUAUACUAAAAGAUGCCUUAUUAUAAUUGUUGCGUUUCAGGCUGCACAAAGAACUUUAGGAAUGCAGGAAAACUUCGUAGAUGCCAUAUUCAGCAUAUUGUUUAUUUUUUGCCCCUCCAAACAAGCGGCUAGACCCAGUCCUAAUUUUCUUAUUUUCCGGGUGGUUGUAUCAUUGCAAUCUUCGCUACCCAUAAUGGGACCCAAUCGGUUCGCGGUUUUAAUUCUAAGUUUUUAUUUAAUAUCAACACACUAACCCAACUUACUAAUAUCGGCUGGUACAAUGUAACCGUGUAAUCUGCCUUUCAUCUCUGCAUCGGAAGUUUGAUUCCUGCAAUAACACCCCUUUUGCACUUGCAAUUUUUGCUACAAUUUCUAGUGUGGACGAGUUAUGAAUGUUCUGAGUUUAAUAUGAAACUGUUUUUUAUGACUAUAAGUACCAUAAACAUUCGUAACUCAUCCACUCGUUCACAUCCGGCAGAAGAAGAAAACCGCAGCACAAAUUUCAAGUGUAAACGGGCCUAUAAACAGUUGCCUGAUUAUAAUUUCGCCUCAUAUUUAGCUGCAUGUGGGAAAGGAUUAAUGCUUCCCGCAGUUAGACUCUCUCAAAUGCCACAGGGUUUCUCCAGGUACUCUCGUUUCUUUCUCUCUAGUAACACUUUCUCUGGCAGCAAUAAAGGAUUGCCUUGGGGCUGAUUUACACACACAACUUUUGCCUAAAACUGUCGCAUGCAACCUGCUUACAACUUGAGUUGUACUGUGUAAAUCAAGCAUACAUCUCACCUAUGAUAACGUAAGUGAGUUGUAUGUUUGAUUCACACAGUACAACUCAAGUUGUAAGCAGGUUGCAUGUGACAGUUUUAGGAAAACGUUGUGCAGUGUAAAUCGGCCUUUAGAACUGAUGGAACUAUCCAGUAUGUAGUAAAGUUGUUUUGGUUUAAUUAUUUACAGCAAACCCUCAACGAAGGAAAAACAUCUCCAGACCACGGACAGCCACGCCACGCAAGGGAGCAUUGUGGAUUUUUGGGGACUCUUUAGGAAUACGUUUUUAUAAUUCCCUUUUGCAGAAACCGCUGUGCAAGGAACUAUUGGUGUCUUGCCAUCGCAGCUACAAUUGGGUGUACCCAGUCCCAUUCGAAAAUGAAGUUCUUGGAAAAUCGUUAACGGAUGACUUUGAUUUUCGACCCAACAUAAUUAUUGACUCGAUUAGAAAUGUCCUGCGUUAUGCUCUGAUGAAAAGUCCACAUAGUUUAUUGGUCCUAAACUUAGGACUGCAUUACCCGUCCACUUUAAAUUUUACAACUUUUCAAAAGUUAAUGGAUGACGUCAUAGUCAUGUUACGCGAUCGCGAGAAGAGACUGGGAAGUAAUGCGAGAGUGGUAUGGAAGACGACUACGUCGAUUCGCAAGGAAAAUGAGGAACCCCCGCGAAAUGACACGGUGUGGAGAUUUUUCACUGAACCGGUAAGAAAUUGCCAUGUUUUACACUAGUUUAUAAUAUAUUCCGCUCUUGCAGUCACGUGGGAAUAUUACGUCACGUUAAAGAAAUCACGCGAUUUUGGGUGGCAAAGGACAGCACUGGCUAAAUUUGCAAAAAAAAAUGCUUUUUCUGAAUUCGUAUUAAGCAAGGGUUUUAAAAGGGUUUUAAAAGUGAUAAACGGCUGGAGCUCUGCCAAAGCAAACCUGUGAAAUUUUGACGCUGAUGGAUGUUGUGUAUGUUUUUAUUCCGUUAUAAACAUUUUCCACCCCUAAUGGCGGAAGUCAAAUAAUUAUGUCAAAUCCAGUGAUAUAUAUAUAUACAUAUAUAUAUAUAUAUAUAUGUAUGUAUGUAUGUAUAUAUAUAUAUAUAUAUAUAUAUAUAUAUAUAUAUAUAUAUAUAUAUAUAUAUAUAUAUAUAUAUAUAUAUAUAUAUAUAUAUAUAUAUAUAUAUAUAUAUAUAUAUAUAUAUAUAUAUAUAAUAAAGAUAGAGCAAAUGUAGAAUUUCGCUUACCUCAAAAUUCCGCAACAGUCUGUUUCAUCAGUAAAGAAUCAUCACGCGGAUACCGCCUGAUGAUUCUUUACUGAUGAAACAGACUGUUGCGGAAUUUUGAGGUAAGCGAAAUUAUAUAUAUAUAUAUAAUAUACAUUGUUCAUAUAUAUAUAUAUAUAUACAAUGGUUUGAUGUCCCACAUUCGUGAGACAUCAAAGGUAACUAUAGUGGUUACUUUCAUCCUGCUCAUCAGCACUACACUGAUGAGGCCCAAAAGGCCGAAACGGUACCGUCUGUAGUUAUAUAUAUAUAUAUAUAUAUAUAUAUAUAUAUAUAUAUAUAUAUAUAUAUAUAUAUAUAUAUAUAUAUAUAUAUAUAUAUAUAUAUAUAUAUAUAUAUAUAUAUAUAUAUAAAUAAAAAAAUAAAUAUAAAUUCGGCCUAUUAGAAAAGUGAAGCCAAAGUGGCGGCCAUUGACGUCGAAUAGCUCUGAAGUUUAGCCGCUAACGUCGGGGAAUUUUUUGGCCGCUCCUUUAAAUUUUUCCUCCCAUACGUCUAUGCUAGGUUUCCUCAAAAUUGCAGACCAUUGCAGGCAUAAAAUAGAACAAAAAUAGCUAAACAUUUUAUAAACACUCGUUACUAGUUAGCUUACUUUUCGUAUCAAAAACAUUUCUAUCUUCUUGCAGCGUAUCAGGUUGUUUGAUGCUUACGCGAUGUCAGCCAUGUGUAAAGCUGGGUUUGAAGUGCUAGAUGUGUUUCCAGUAACCGCCUCCUACUUACCUGGGACAAUUGAUAUCGUGCAUUACACGGAUGACGUGUUCAACACGGCGGAGAUUGAAUUAGAGAAGUACGUUAAGAUUGGAAUGGAAUAUGAAAGCACUGCAGUUUGUAUUAAGUAAAGCCUGGUAUACAUUAUCAAAGUUUCUGUGAUCACAGUAGGAAUUUUGCAUACGUAAGGCCUGUUUUAUACGUCGAAUUUUGGUCGGGUCGAAUGCAAUUAAGACAAUAGGUAAUGAGAUGAUAAACCUCAUUAAGCUUCAUUAUCUAUUGUUUGAAUUGCAUUCGACGCGCCCGAGAUUCGACGUAUAAAACAGGCCUAAGGGACGUUCAUUAUUAUACUCGGGGUUUGUACCGAAGAGAUAUGGGUUGGGUAAUCAAGUUUUUGACUAGCUCAUGGGUUGGGUAAAAAAAUUAUGGCUGUCUGUCGGCUAUAAAAUAAAACUAAACCAUGCAUUGGAAAAUAUGAAGAAUAAUGUGUACACUACAUUCUGUACCAAAAUAGACCAUCAGUGAUUGCGGAAGGACUCUAUCAUUGAUCAGCAGGAACGUGUGAUUGCUUUGGCACACUCAGUGAGUGUGAGUGAGCUUUUAGAAUUUAGGCAACUUGAUUUCUGUCACCAUGAUCUUGUGUGUUUAAUUAUUAUGAAGUACAGUAACACAUGGGUUGGGUAAACAUUAUUUUGACCAAUGUUGAGGUUGGGUAAAUAAAAAAUUUACAGUGUUUUUCGCUUCUCUUCGGUACCAACCCCAGGUAUAAAUAAUGAACGUUCCCUAAAUUCUAAGUUUUGAAGGAUUUGAAAGAAAUGUUUGAGGAAACACCAACUCAGUUUCCUCAAACAUUUCUUACAAAUCCUUCAAAAUUUAGAAUUUACCGAUGCAAAAUUCCUACUGUGAAGAAAAGCGCGAACUAAAGUCGUUUGCCUUUUAAAACCCCAACAUCGGAUCCAUCCGAAUAUAUUAUUCUUCCGACACAAUUUUAUAUUAUUUUCCCCGUUCUUAAACAUGGUAAAAUGAUGCCACAUAAAUUUCACUAAAUUUCAAGCGAAUCUUCGGUAUACUCGAAUGGUUUAGGUGCCUUGCAACCCACUCAGAAUUCACGG